CUCCCAAUUCUCUCUCUCUCUCGUUCGGCCUCUCUCUACCACCGCCGCCCCUCUCCUCGGCGGCCCUCCACCGGCGUUCUCUCCUCUCUCCCGGCGGUCCUCUCCCCCAUCUCUCACCAUGGCCGAAAAUAGUGAAAUCACUUCCCAAACUACACCCUCCACAACCCCGCAUCUUGCACUCACAACCAUCUCUAAUGUCAAGUUGCAUGUUCCUGUCCAACUGAGUCUUUCUCAACCAAACUACAAAAAGUGGAGUAGUCUUUUUCUUCUCCUUGUUCGGCGUUUCAAACUUCAAGGAUACCUCGAUGGAUCUGUCGUCCCUCUCUCUGACGACGACGACGAAUGGUGCCAACUUGAUGCUCUUCUCCAAGGUUGGAUUCUCUCCACCAUCACUGAUGAAGUCUCAGAUCUGGUCAUCUCUUCUCUCACCACCGCCUCUGCUCUCUGGAAGGUCAUUCACGACCUCUUUCAUGAUAACAAACAUGCCCGCGCCAUGCAGUUGGAACAUGAAUUUCGUACCACCGUCAAGGGCUCCACCUCCAUGGCGGCCUAUUGCCAACGGCUCCAAAAUCUUGCCGAUUGGUUGGACGACGUUGAUGCACCGGUCUCUCAACACCAACUUGUUCUUCAGAUGCUCCGAGGGCUUCCCGCAGAUCUUCAAGGCCAGACCUCGUUCAUGCAGUUUCAGGAUCCUAUACCGAAUUUUCUUCAGGUUCGCUCGGCUCUCAUGCUCUUGGAUCGUCAGCGGUCAAACCCUGCUGACCCCGGUAGCACGGCCUUGCUCACCACCCGAACCGGCGGGACAAACGGCGGCAGCAGCUCCGGUGGACAGCACGGCGGCAGCAGCUACGGUGAAGGCAACUCGGGACAGCGCGGCGGCUCUGGACGAGGGCAAGGACCGACCGUCUUCACCGCCGCCGCCGCCGCCGCCGCAGCUUCCAUGCCCACCGUUAGCGUUGGAAGAGAUCGGCUCUUUGAAGCUCUGGGUCGCACUUACACUGAAGAUGAAUUUGAAGCAUUGUGUUUCGAUUUUGGCAUUGAGCUUGACGACGUAACCACAGAAAAAGCAAUUAAACGGAAAGAACAACAUUUAGACGAAGAAGAAGCAUCUGAAGAUGAAGAGAUUAUAUACAAAAUAGAAGUUCCUGCUAACAGGUAUGAUUUACUUUGCCUUGAGGGGCUAGUUCAAGCCCUUCGCAUUUUUAGUGGGCUUGAUCCUAUCCCUACAUAUAAGGUUGCAAAUGUCAAUGAAGAAUCCAUGCUAGAAAUGCAUGUAAAGGCAGAGACAUCAAAAAUACGACAGUAUGUUGUUGGUGCUAUUUUGAGGGGUUUAACUUUUGAUGAAGCAAGAUACGCUAGCUUUAUUGAUCUUCAAGAUCGACUUCAUCAGAAUAUUUGCAGGCGAAGAACAUUGGUUGCCAUUGGGACUCAUGACCUGGAUACAAUAGAAGCCCCGUUUACAUAUGAGGCUUUGCCUCCCUCAGAAAUCAGCUUUGUUCCAUUGAAACAGAAAGAGAGUUUCAGAGCUGAUAAGCUGAUGGAAUACUACAAAGAGCAUGAUCUUAAAUUGAAGAAGUUUUUACACAUAAUUGAGAAUUCACCAGUUUUCCCUGUUAUAUACGACCAUAACAGAACUGUAUUAUCUUUACCUCCCAUUAUUAAUGGUGCACAUUCUGCCAUUACCUUAAAAACAAGGAAUGUUUUCAUUGAAUGCACAGCCACAGAUUUGACAAAGGCCAAUAUAGUUUUGAACACGAUGGUAACAAGCUUUUCAGCUUACUGUGAAAAGAAGUUUGAAGUUGAACAAGUUAAAGUAAUAUAUCCUGAUGGAAGAUCGUAUAUUUCUCCGGACCUGUCACUAUACCAAAUGGAUGUGCCUUUGUCAUACAUUAACAGUGUAGUUGGAGUAUCAUUGCCUGAAGAUCAAGUAGCAGAUCUAUUGCAUAAAAUGCAAUUGCAUGCUAAGAAAUCAGUUUCAGAAAAAGAGGAAGUCAAGUUUAUUGUUUCUGUUCCCCCAAGUAGAAGUGAUGUUCUUCAUGCUUGUGAUGUGGCUGAGGAUGUUGCAAUUGCUUUUGGCUACAAUGAUAUUCCAAAAAGAAAGCCUGCAUCUUUGAAGCCCCUCUCUCUUAGCCAACUAAGUGAUCUAAUUAGAAUGGAGGUAUCAAUGGCUGGUUACACAGAGGUGCUGACGUGGAUAUUGUGUUCUAAAAGAGAAGUUGCCUCCCUGCUGAGGCGUGGAGAAGACAAUUCAGCAGCUGUACUUGCAAAUUCUCGCACUUCUGAAUUUGAGGUUGCAAGAACAUCUCUAAUGCCAGGCAUACUAAAAACAGUUGGACACAAUAAGGACCAUCCGAAACCUAUGAAGAUAUUUGAAGUUGGUGAUGUAGUCCUUGUAAACAACACCAAGGAUGUUGGUGCUCAAAACCAUCAGAAUCUUGCUGCGUUGUAUUGUGGAGCCAACUCAGGAUUUGAGCUAAUACAUGGUCUAGUUGAUAGAAUAAUGGAAGUGACUGGAUAUUCAUUUGUGUCGCAUGGUGAUACCUCAGGCUACUACAUUGAAAGUUCAGAUGAGCCUGAACUGCUUCAAGGAAGACAAGCCAGUAUCAUUUGCCAAGGAAAGCACAUAGGGAACUUUGGCAUUGUGCAUCCAGAGGUCCUUGCAAACUUUGACAUUCCUGAUCCUUGCUCCUUUGUUGAGCUCCACUUGGAGAAACUCUUCUAGUUGCCGAUCUGUGUUUACCAAUCAGGCGGCGUCAAUUGAGAAUGGCCACAACUGAGACUUCACAUAGAGAUCUUUCUUUGUCUGCUGUAAUUUGUUAUUUUGGAUACUAGUAAGCUUUUUGCAUUUCUUUAACUUUAAUGCAUCUUUGAUGUUGUUUUGUUUUAUACAUCAAUUGAUCAACCUUAACUUGGUAAGUUUUGAAUGAGAUUGGUUGUUCAAAUUUGUAUUAGACAUGAAAGAGAAACAAUGGAUUUUGAACGGAGCUCUUUUCAUAUCAUUUGUUUGGAAUUCUGCCCAAAUAUUCGUUUUAUAUACUCCCUACGUCCAAAAAUUUCUUUCUCACUUUUCUUUUCCGUCCAUUCAUAAAUUUUCUUCCGGUAU